AUGUACACGGUUUCCAAGGGGCCUAGCAAGAUAGUAGCAAAGACAAGAAGAGGUCUCUCGCAAAAUUUGGAACGUUUGGAUAGCCGCAAGGAUCACAAUAGGAAAUCAUCUGACUCUGACAAUGGAGAAAUCAUUAGUAUGCCCAAACCAAUUUUCCAUUGUAAUGGCAAGAAAACGGUUCACCAGAGAAUACAACAUUGUAUAUUAACACCACAACAUGAAGAAAUGAUUAGAUACAUUAGUGAAACUUGGACGCAAACAGCUAAUACUGAUAGUGAACCUUCCACUCCCACAAGCACAAUAGGUUCAGGAAGUUCAUCACCCGCACCGCCCUCAAACCUAUAUUAUCAUGAUGAUGAACCAAGCCCUGUUCUCCGUGACUUCAAGCCCUUUGAUCUAGAAACCUGGUGGGAAAAAAGUCAGUCACCUAGAGGUCCCGUUGAUUUGGCAGAGUCUUGGUCUACCAGGAGCAUUGCAUGUCUUCAGUAUCAGUAUGAGGAACUCUCAGCCCGUUACGAAUCUUUAUUACGCGCCUACGAUGAUCGAUGUAGGGUGGUUAAGUCUCGUAAAGACACCAUUGCCCGCCUUCGGGACCGAAUGAGGAGGAAUCAUGUGAGUCUCGUUGAAGCCAAUAAAGCAUUACUGACAGUUGGAGAAAAGUACAUGAAGCUGAGAGAGAAAAGGAUCAUAGAGAAAGAAUGGUUUGAAGAACGCAUAGAACAAUUAAAGCAACGAAUAGAGGAUGUUGUGAGAACAGCGGAAAGGGCUCGUCUAGAACUUGAUGAUCAGCUGCAAUCUUUCGCUACCGCAGAUCAAGAUGCGCCAUUAAAGUUGCUUCUAGAAGAAGUGAAGAAAUGCAAUCUUUUAUUUUUAGAGAACAUACAGUUGAAAUCGCUACUUGAGGAUUAUUAA